AUGCUUACGCAGCAGAUGGCGCUGAUCGCCGAACGCCAUGGAUGUCAGACAAACGUGGAGAAGAAAAACUCCUAUCGAUUAGAUAGCUGGCUGGCGUGGCGCAUCCUCACUGACCGGCGCCAUGGUGCAGCGCGUAAAUACGGCUCUGGCUCGGUAUGCGUGCCGGCGUGGUUGACAGGUUCUCCGUGUCUUGUCUUGUUUCACAUGCAUUCGGUCCUUGGGGAAGCGGUCCUAGGCUCGACUGGCUGCGUCUUGCUCAAAAGGCCAAGAGGUGGUGCAUUCAGCCCGUCGCGGAACUCGCACUAUGACGCGUGCAGCCCGGCCCAGACUGGGGACGUGGACCACGAAAAUUCUCUGCUCUCCAUCCGGCUCCGCAGUCGAGUGUUGAUUCAUCUGCCGCCCAAUGGGCUUGCUCGUGGGGUUGCAAGGGCGUCUAGCAUCCGCCGACAGAACAGCAAGCGAAUGGCGAAUGGCGAAUGGCGACGACGGCUGGUUGCAGCUGGAUGGUGGCUUGGCAUGUCCAGGCCAGGUACCGUGUGCCUGCCGCGCCAGGUACCCGGACACCCGUUCACGCAUCCUGCGCCCCCAACGGCUGCAACAAGGCCAUCAUUCAGGUCUGCGUGGCUCUUCACCCAGACCCUCUCGACCACCAAGCCAGAAUUCCAAUUUGCCUUGCAUACUCCAAGUCCGGCUCACGACGCUACACCACCGGACGCUGUAAUCCCUACAUCAUCACCUGGGCACCUCUAG